GUACUAAAUGUUCCUGAGUAUUCCGGUCGUGUGAGGGGUAAGGGUUUUGGUGUGACUCCGUCGUCAUUUUAUAAAAAACCAAAAACAAAAAAUCCUACCAACAAAGAGGUGAUGGAGACCUUGGCGGAGUUAAGGGCACAAGUACUCGAACUGCAAAAGGAGAAUGCAGGGUAUAGAGAGGAAAGACGCGGUUCCGAGGCAAAAGAUACUAGUGACCGAGCUAGUAUCAAUUGUCAACCGAAAUUUCCCGAGGGCAUUACACCUUGUCAGCUGUAUCUAUCGUCACCAACUUAUCGCAUAGUUGGCAAGGGAAAAGUGCACAACACUUCGGGUGAAUUACUUCACCAUAAUCCCCUCCCGGUGGGAUAUAUGAAAGUUUCGGUUGACCUUGUAUUAGAUACGGACGCGCUUCUAUCAUUACCUGACGUUGUUUCAGAGACAACGUUGAUGCGAGAUGCAGUCGGAUCCUUUGUUGGAUGGCCGUCAGAUCUAAUUUUCCCAGAUGCCGAGGUAUAUAUGUUCUAAAUGAUUAUGAAUAUUUAGUAUUCACAUUUCAAUUCAGCUACAAUUAUGAUAUUUAAUCAAUCCUUAUUACAUGGUAAUGUUAGACU